CGCACUACAAGUCCCAGAAUCCCCCGUUUCCCGGAGCCCGCGCUGUGGCGCGCUACGCACGCCGGGAGCCGGCCGAGACGGCCAAGAUGUCGCAGCCCAAGAAAAGAAAGCUUGAGUCGGGGGGCGGCGGCGAAGGAGGGGAGGGAACUGAAGAGGAAGAUGGCGCGGAGCGGGAGGCGGCCCUGGAGCGACCCCGGAGGACUAAGCGGGAGCGGGACCAGCUGUACUACGAGUGCUACUCGGACGUUUCGGUCCACGAGGAGAUGAUCGCAGACCGCGUCCGCACCGAUGCCUACCGCCUGGGCAUCCUGCGGAACUGGGCAGCACUGCGAGGCAAGACGGUACUGGACGUGGGAGCGGGCACCGGCAUUCUGAGCAUCUUCUGUGCCCAGGCCGGCGCCCGGCGCGUGUACGCGGUGGAGGCCAGCGCCAUCUGGCAACAGGCCCGGGAGGUGGUGCGGUUCAACGGGCUGGAGGACCGCGUGCACGUCCUGCCGGGCCCGGUGGAGACUGUGGAGCUGCCGGAGCAGGUGGAUGCCAUCGUGAGCGAGUGGAUGGGCUACGGACUCCUGCACGAGUCCAUGCUGAGCUCCGUCCUCCACGCGCGAACCAAGUGGCUGAAGGAAGGCGGUCUUCUCCUGCCGGCCUCCGCCGAGCUCUUCAUAGCCCCCGUCAGCGACCAGAUGCUGGAAUGGCGCCUGGGCUUCUGGAGCCAGGUGAAGCAGCACUAUGGUGUGGACAUGAGCUGCCUGGAGGGCUUCGCCACGCGCUGCCUCAUGGGCCACUCGGAGAUCGUGGUGCAGGGACUGUCCGGCGAGGACGUGCUGGCCCGGCCGCAGCGCUUUGCUCAGCUAGAGCUCUCCCGCGCUGGCCUGGAGCAGGAGCUGGAGGCCGGAGUGGGCGGGCGCUUCCGCUGCAGCUGCUAUGGCGCGGCGCCCAUGCACGGCUUUGCCAUCUGGUUCCAGGUGACCUUCCCAGGAGGGGAGUCGGAGAAGCCCCUGGUGCUGUCCACCUCGCCUUUUCACCCGGCUACGCACUGGAAACAGGCGCUCCUCUACCUGAACGAGCCGGUGCAAGUGGAGCAAGACACGGACGUAUCAGGAGAGAUCACGCUGCUGCCCUCCCGGGACAACCCCCGUCGCCUGCGCGUGCUGCUGCGCUACAAAGUGGGAGACCAGGAGGAGAAGACCAAAGACUUUGCCAUGGAGGACUGAGCGUUGCCUUUUCUUUCAGCUACCUCCCAAGGCAGAGAAAGGGAGAUCCCACGUGCAAGUAGGGGAAAUAUCUGUCUCCCUUUUCCCUCAUAGCCUCUGGGGAGGGAGAGUGACUUCUUUCUCCGUUUGAAGAGAUUCUUCUGGUGAUGUUUAUUUGAAAAGUGAUCCCCCUCAACAACGGAUACAGCGUGCUUAUUGUUGGGCUUUUAAGCCUCAACAGCAUGUAGUACCAAGCACUUGUAUUUCCGUAUAUUUUGUCUCGCAGGGGAGGGAAGGGAGAAGAACACGGAUGAAAAUACCAGUUUUUGAAGGGUCCAUGCACAUCCCUGACAUCUCACACCUUAUCUAAGUCUGAAGCUGGGGAGAAAGGGUUCAUUUAGACUUCAUAAAUUUCCAAUACGACUUUAGUAUCUCUCCAGAGCCAUAUUUUCUCAGUCUGAAUUAAUUGCCCAUUCCUAGGUGCCUGUGGGCUAUGGUACUUCUUCCUCAUUGUUUUCUAAGUAAACUUUACUACUCAUAAUGAAGGGGAAGGCUAUGAGGAAGCAGUUUAAAUAGCCCCAUUCUCACACACACAUAGGGUGCUAAAGUUGAUGAACACAUUAAUCCAUUAAGUAAAAUAGUCUUUGUAAAGCAUACCUAAGAAACUCAGAAGGUGCAUUUAGGAGAAAGAGACCGGAAAGAGAAAUAGUAUGGAUUUUUAAAAAUCCUUGUCUCUACUAUUACAACCAAAUAUAUAUAUAAAUAUAUAUAUACAUCUCAUGUAUGUCACAUAAAUAUUUUUUUAAUUCUUAUGAAACAAGCUGGUAGAGGAAGUUUCUGAGCCUAGCCCAAGGGUUUAUUCAUCACUAUGGGUAAAUUAUUUAAACACAAUUAAGGAAAAUAUUUUCCCAGCUAGAAGAAAUGUAUUCAUUCUCAUUUAAACUCUCUCAUUUGGAGUGAUCAUGUGAGUUGGCCUACACUACUUAAAACUAGUGAAAGUUCCCUUUUUUCUCUCUCUCUGUUUCACGCAGCCAAAUGUGAAAGUUGUGAGUUUUAGGAAAAUCACUUGUAAUAAAGUGUAAAUCAUAUUAUCAAAUUUAUUUUGCUGUUUUCCUCCUUAUCCUUGUAGUAAAUAAAACAUUGAAAUUCUCACGUUUUGUAGAUGAAGUAAAAGUCUUGUGUGCUGUCUGUGAGUUAUAAUGCUUUUGCCUUUUUAACAUUGUCAGUUCUUAAGUGUUACAACCUCUUCAGAAUAUAACUUCAGGACAAUUCAAACUAUGCUUAAUGUAUGGUUUUUGAGCUGCUGUAUGCUAAGAAAAUAGGUGUGAAAAACUGGUGUUCUGAAAUAGCCUAAUGCUUAUUGUAAUUAUGAGUUUUCUGCCUUUUUAUUCAUCACAUAUUAAAGUAUUAGAGUAU